AUGGCCAACAGCAACCUCCCCCGCCGGAUCAUCAAGGAGACGCAGCGGCUGCUCAGCGAACCAGCGCCGGGGAUCAGCGCCUCGCCGUCGGAGGAGAACAUGCGCUACUUCAAUGUCAUGGUCCUUGGCCCCGCGCAGUCGCCCUACGAAGGUGGAGUCUUCAAGCUUGAACUUUUCUUACCCGAGGAAUAUCCGAUGGCUGCUCCUAAAGUUAGGUUUCUCACAAAAAUAUACCAUCCCAACAUUGACAAGCUUGGUAGAAUAUGCCUCGACAUCCUAAAGGACAAGUGGAGUCCAGCUCUUCAGAUACGCACUGUUCUUCUUAGCAUUCAGGCACUGCUGAGCGCCCCAAACCCAGAUGAUCCCCUCUCAGAAAACGUCGCAAAACACUGGAAAUCCAAUGAAGCUGAAGCUGUUGAGACAGCGAAGGAAUGGACUCGUAUGUAUGCCAGUGGCGCAUGA